UAACAAAUGACUUGAGGCUCAGCCGGGGCGGAGGAGGAGGAUGAGCGUCACGUGCGGCUUCUUCCUCCGCUACACUCAGCUUUUCUGCCUGGCCGCUGCUCCCCUGGGGGGGGGAGAAGGGGGGCGCCCGAAGGGACUGCCCACCCCGUCCCCGCUUCCCCUUUUCAGCCCCUGAUAAAAAUCCCCCGCAGCGACCGGUGAGUCGCUCCAGUUCUUCUGGCGUGGGCGAGAGAUCCCGGAGCGAGCGGCGCUGAGAGAAGCCCUGGACGGGCGCGUCGGUCGUACAAAGGGACAGACGUAAAAAGGCAGCUUUGCAGACAGGAUGAGCUUCUUGUACCUCCUGGGGGUUUUCCUGGCGGUCCUUCCAAGCCUUCAAGCUGGUUCCUCCCUGCGCUUCCUUGCAGUUGGAGAUUGGGGUGGGCUCCCCAAUGCCCCUUUCUACACUGCUCGUGAAGUAGCCGUGGCCAAAGAGAUGGGGCGAACUGUUGCUUCACUGGGAGCUGAUUUCAUCUUAUCUCUCGGAGACAACUUUUAUUACAACGGGGUGACGGAUGUGUACGACAAACGUUUUCAGGAAACCUUUGAAUCUGUUUUCCAAGCACCUUCACUGCGCAAAUUGCCCUGGUAUGUUGUGGCUGGAAACCAUGAUCACUCUGGGAAUGUCUCCGCCCAGAUUGCCUACAGCAAAAUCUCCAAGCGCUGGCAUUUCCCUAAAUAUUACUACAAGCUGAGGUUCAAGGUUCCUGGCAGCAAUACUACCGUUGCAAUCCUCAUGAUCGACACGGUGACCAUCUGCGGUAAUUCAGAUGACUUCCAAAGCGAGCAGCCCUUACGUGCUCAGAAUGCAGGCAUGGCCCGUAGCCAAUUGUCUUGGCUCCGCAAACAGAUGGCCAAUUGCCAGGAUGACUACUUGCUGGUUGCGGGGCACUACCCAGUGUGGUCUGUGGGGAAGCACGGCCCCACUGAAUGCUUGGUCAAGCAGCUCCAGCCAAUGCUAUUGAAGUACAAGGCCACUGCCUACCUGUGUGGCCACGAUCACAACCUGCAGUAUCUACAGGACAAAGGUGGCAUAGGCCAUGUGCUAAGUGGGGCAGGAAACUUCAUGGACGAUUCCAAGCAACACCUUCACAAAGUCCCGAAUGGCUACCUACGCUUCUUCUACGGGCAGCCCUCUUCCCAAGGAGGCUUUGCCUACUUUGAGAUCGAUGGCAAAGAAAUGCGGAUCUUCUAUAUUGAGGCCAGGGGCAAAUCUCUUUACAAGACUUCACUGCCCAGGCGGAGGCUAAACUAAAAUUCAGACGGCGGUUUUGCUAACUUCUGCAUUAGAUGCUGUGACUCAAGAGAGAGAGAAAAGCCCUGGUGGUAUCUCUGGCUCACACACACCCUUGCUUUCCAUUAAGUCAGUGGUUCCCAAACUUGGCAACUUUAAGACUUGUGGACUUCAACUCCCAGAAUUCUCCAGCCAGCAGAGC